CAGCCAUGGAGGCAGAAGACGCGCGUGAUUAUAAAGAGCCAUGUCCUCUGUGUUCAGAAGUGAACUGGGGUAUAAGCGAUGAAGGCACAUUCUACUGUAGAUCCUGCCACACUGUCAUAGAGAGAACCAGAGAACCCGAGCAAGCAGAAACGUUUGUUCUCAAUGCAAGGAUGCAGUCUCUGUCCAGAGGACUAAGGAAGAAGAAUACAGUAGAAAAGGGAUGGGAGUGGUAUAUUUGUGAAGGCUUUCAAUUCAUACUGCUUAAACAAGCGGAAGCUCUUGAAAGCUUGGGAGUGGAUCCUCGGAUUAAGGAUGAAGUUCUAUGCCAUUUCUGGUGGCGAUAUCUUCAGAAGACUCGCCAAGCCUACUGCAACAAAGCUGCCAUAGGACACAUGUACUCUGAUGAAGUUCUAUGCCAUUUCUGGUGGCGAUAUCUUCAGAAGACUCGCCAAGCCUACUGCAACAAAGCUGCCAUAAAGGACAAGAAGUCACAAUUGAGCUCUCAGAGUAGCAAAGCAUCGUCUGACCUGGAUAGCGGGCCUGACAUUUUCAGUAGUGCCUUUUCUACUGAUACUGAUGAAAACUUGCAUAGUAUUGGCCUUAGCCUCCCAUCUUCAGGAUGCAACACGUCAGCAUCGGAUUCACAGUCAGACCACCCAGGAAGGGCAUCUUCUGGAAGUGCCUCAAACGUCUGCUCGGGGGCUGUGGAUAUAUCAGUUUACAAGAAUAUAAAACGCAGUGAGAAGAAAAUGACCAUGCCAAUAACGCUGGCCUUCUGCUACCUCUCAUUGCUUUGGUUAAGAGAAUCCAUCACACUGUCUGAUUUACUGAGGCUGGUCCUCAAUGGUCAUGUACCAUACAUCAACCCAGAACAGUAUUUUCCUGAGGAGACUAAAAUCUCUCUGCCAGAUUCUCAAAUCUUUCGAGUCCAGACUUUCCCGGUGUACAGACAAAUAAUUGAAUUGACCCAUGAGCUUGGAACAUUCCUAGAUCUACCUUGCUUUCCGUCGAUCACAGAAACGUGUUUUUAUCAUCCCAAUGUGCUGUGUAUGAAGUACCUGAUGGAAGUCAACUUGCCAGAUGAGUUGCACAACUGGACCUACCGGGUGGCCAAGAAGACCGGGCUGGAUGAUGUGACUACUCUGACAUAUGAUCCUGUGAAGAAACGAUCGCGGUGUAUCCCGUAUGACAUUCAAGCAGCGGCAAUCAUAAUUGUUGUGCUUAAGCUCUUAUUUGUCCUCAAUGAUUUCACGGAAUGGCAGAUCUCAGAAAUUGCUAAAAAUAGAAAUGAAGCUGAAGCCUCCAUAGUCGCGGCCCUGAAAAAGGAACUGCACGACCUCACUCACCGUAUCACUGAGGUGGACGACCGAGUCACUUCAGUGGAGACGGCCACCACCGCCCUAUCAGCUAGAAUGGAAGCACUGGAAGAGGAUGCCAGGCUGACUAACUCCUGCCUGCUAUCCAUGCACCUCCGUCUGGACGAUUCCGAAAACCGGAAUCGCAGAAACAACCUCCGCCUGCGCGGCAUCCCAGAGGCUACAACGGGCAUUCACCUCAGGGACACUGUGGCAGCCAUUCUGAACACCCUACUGGGUAAACCCCACGAUGCGGCCUUAGAGCUGGACCGGGAGGAAAUUAUUAGACAGGCCUGGCGACAGGGCCCCUCUGACUUCGAUGGAGCCACCGUUCGUAUCAUGCCGGAUCUCUCCCGUCAUACCCUACGUAUGCGACGCCUGGUACGUCCCCUGUUGGACCUCAUCCGCUCUGCCUCAGCCACAUAUCGCUGGGGACACCCGUUCCACCUCAUAGUCCGGCGAGACGAUUCUACGUUCCAGCUGCAUUCACCUGACCAACUACCGGCCUUGUUCCGCUUUCUGAAUGUGGACUCUGUGGAUGUCCCUAAUUGGCUGGAGUUUCCUGAUGAAUCCUCGGAGACGGCGCCUCUUCCCCCGCGGACCCCCCGCCGAGCCAGGAGGUCCCAACCAGUGUUUGAAUUCAGUAAGUGGUAUGAAACAAUGAGGACAUGUAUGGAAGAAACUCAGCAGAAACAGAAUGAGCAACGGGCCAGAUUCUCUUGGAGAAGUGAGAGAGUUGUUGAAUAUGACCGAAAAAUGAAAUCUAAAAUUGCGAAAAAAAAACAAAUUACAAAGAACCUGAUGAAGCAGUUCAGCAGGCUGGCUGGCACUACACCUGAUGCUGGGAAUCCAGGCCCAUCGACUUUCUUGUUUAACUGGGAAGAGCCAAAAGCAGGCAUGAUCUCUUUUCACGGACACAGCCUGGAGGGAAUUACGCGACCUGGCGGCGGCCUGAGGCCGUGUUACAUGUUCAGCUGCCUGAAAAAAUGCACCAACCGAUUCUGCACACACUGGAAAGUAUACGACAAAACGAAAUUCCCUGGAAGCUAUGAUUUUGUCCUGUCCCUCUUCUCCCUUGUGCUGGGAGUGGAAAUAGCCAUCAUCCAUCAGGAGGUGUGCUUGGUGGAGGAGAAACUAUUCGAAGAGUUCGACAACCCAAAGGCAAAGAAAAGAGCCAGAAAGUCUUAG